CUGGAGAGGGGAAGAGUUAUAAACACUGAGUGAGUGCGAGAUAAACUAAAAGAGAGAUAGACGGACAGAGAGAGAAUUAUAGUGUUCAGUGUAUAUUGAGUGGAAAGAGGGAAACAAAUAUUCUGAAUUCGUAGAGAAAGCAGAGGAACAGAGAAUCAGAAGAAGCUCUUAUACUGGACACACACACACACACACACACACACACACAUAUAUCGCUUCCACCCCUCAGGGUCUCUUUAAACACAAAGGCUGCUGUUGUUGGUGUGUUCAGCAGCUGUAGAACAGGCAGACGGAUGGACUGACUGAGAAACAUGUCCGUAUUAAGACGACACUCUAGCAGGCAGGGCCUGCAGGACCUCCAAAGGAUCACAGUACAACGAAGUCUGGAAGAUGCAGAGGAGAUAGAGAGAGAACAGAGGCGUCGUGAAAGAGCAAGCAGCUCCACAGUACCUCCUCAGGACACGUGCAGUCCUGGACUAUGCGAAGACAGCUUAUGCAAGAGUGAUCAGAAGCCAAGCUGGUUGUCCUCUUGGGAGGGUGAUGAUGGCUUUAGUUCUUGCUUGGAACAAGUGGAGAGACAAAGACAAACAGAAAAAUGUGAAAAAGAGGUACAUUUCAACAGCUCAGCACACCUAGUGCAAUCUCAGCCUAGUAGCUCCACUCACCAGCACCUGAAUGGCUUAAAGGAGCAUAUUGGCUCUGCCCCACUCUGGCAGACGCCACCUCCUCUUUCUGAACAGCGAGAUCAGCGUUACCAAGAGUUGAAUAUGACUGGCGAAUGGAGAACGAAAGAGCAAGAAGCAAGAGAAAAGGAAGAAUGCAGAAUGGCUGGACAUAGAGAGGGGAAUCAGGGUGAAUGGGAGAAGAUGGCAGUGAGGCAGGGAGACAAAGAUAUGUGUGUCAGAAGUGGAGAGUGGCAAAGACAAGACGCAAAUAAAAUCGUAAGAGAACAGAGGAAAGAGAUGAAGAUUUCCUACACGACAAGACUACACCUCCAAAAGGAUUUGAGAUGUGACACCACUAAAGGAGUGGAAGAAACAAUAAGGAAAACGCCAUGUUUGGGCGAGGAGAAGGUUGAAGCAGGCUCAGAGAUGAAUGCAGGCCCACAGGGAGAAGACCGGACCCUGACAUAUCAUGAGGAAGAGAGGCAGAGUGUUAAGGGGGAAAAUGAGGAGGAGAAAGUGGAGGAGGAAACAGACGAAGAAAGACUGAAGCGGAUGAGAGAGGAGGAGAAAGAGAAGAAGAGGAGGAGUGUGAUGGAGAAGAUGAAGAGACUGAGUUUGUCCAGCACUGAAACAGACGAACCCUUUAGCCCUCUCAGUCCUACUCUCAUGGUUGAGGAAGCACAGGGACUGACAGAGGAGUAUAUGUGUUCGAUCUCUGAGAGAACAGAAUCUCUGAAUCGAUCUGUUAAGAAAAGCUUUCAGAGGACUCCACCUCCUUCUAUGAUCAUCUCAAAGAUUGACAGUCGACUGGAACAGUACAACCAUGCAAUUGAGGCGAGUUCUCAAGAGGUGAGAGAUGCAAAAGCAGGUCUGUUUGAUUUUCCAAGCAGCCCAGAGCCUGUUUCUGCCCGGAAGAACCUGUUCGAAGUGGGAGAUGCCUGGAACCAGAAUUCAGGAAAGGCUGCAUCCUCUAAGGAUACUGAGGGCUUGAAAGUGGGUGUGGCUGAUCUGAUCACUCAGUGGGUGAAGGGUAAUCCUGAUGUCAAUUCCAAAACUCCCCCUUCUAAACCAACAUCUAAUGAAGUCAAGGCUGGUGAGGUACAUCAGAAAAAGAGCCUGUGGGAGACAAAGGAUACAUCUAAAGCAGAGAACCCAGGUGGAAAGGCAAGCAUGGGUAAAAAAUUUAAGUUUGUUGGGACCGGCCAUGGAAAAUAUGAGAAGGUCUGUGUUGAUGACAAAGACAGUGUCAGUCACACAAAUGUAAAAUCAAGCCAGUAGCACCAUGAAGAUAACGCAAGAGGCAAGCACCAUGAAGACAUUUCUCUGAAGCAGUGAUAAUGGAUGAUUUCUUCAAUUUGUUAAUUCAUUCUUCUUUAAUUCUUUUGUUUAUGAUUUAUUCUUUUCUCUGAAAGCUCCACAGUAUUACACAUAGCAUUAAAACUUGUUAUUAAACCUAAAGAUUAAAGUCAUUUCUUACAGGCAUAUUUUAAGUCAUAUGAGAAUAAUCUCUAGUCAUUCAUAUUGUGAUGUACUUGCAUUUCUGUUGCCCAACUAUCAUGUUGUAGUGGAAUAGAUGCACAAAGGUUAAACAAUGCAAAGCAGUAAACUGGCUUUACUCAGACAAUUUCCUGGCUCUUUAUUAAAGGUACAUGUUAAAAUAAACAUAUAAACUUUUCACCUUGACUGA